CGGCACGUGGGGCCCUGGUACUUGCUGCACCAACUUCCUGUUGAGCCUGUGGCCCCAGUGGUAUGCUGCGCAGCAGACAGUGACUCAGCCUUCCACCAGACCCACAGAACAUGGUCUCCUCUGCCGAUCCCUAUUCACAGCAGAACUUUCCUUCUGUGAAAAGACAAGGAGGUCCUGACGAGUAAGGCCAGCCCCAUGUAUCCAGAAUCAACUACAGGGUCCCCGGCUCGGCUCUCCCUGCGGCAGACAGGCUCCCCUGGGAUGAUCUACAGUACUCGGUAUGGGAGUCCCAAAAGGCAGCUCCAGUUUUACAGGAACCUGGGCAAAUCUGGCCUACGGGUCUCCUGCCUGGGGCUCGGAACAUGGGUGACCUUCGGAGGCCAGAUCACCGACGAGAUGGCAGAGCACCUAAUGACCCUCGCCUACGACAAUGGUAUCAAUCUCUUCGACACCGCAGAAGUUUACGCUGCUGGCAAGGCUGAAGUGGUAUUAGGAAACAUCAUUAAGAAGAAGGGAUGGAGACGGUCCAGCCUCGUCAUUACCACCAAGAUCUUCUGGGGUGGAAAAGCAGAGACGGAGAGAGGCCUUUCCCGGAAGCACAUUAUAGAAGGACUGAAGUCUUCCCUGGAGCGGCUACAGCUGGAGUACGUGGAUGUGGUAUUUGCUAACCGCCCGGACCCUAACACACCCAUGGAAGAGACCGUGCGGGCCAUGACCCAUGUCAUCAACCAGGGGAUGGCCAUGUACUGGGGAACGUCACGCUGGAGCUCCAUGGAGAUCAUGGAGGCCUAUUCUGUGGCUCGGCAGUUCAACCUGAUCCCGCCCAUCUGUGAGCAGGCUGAGUAUCACAUGUUCCAGCGGGAGAAAGUAGAGGUGCAACUACCUGAACUGUUCCACAAGAUAGGAGUGGGUGCCAUGACCUGGUCCCCUCUGGCCUGUGGCAUCGUCUCGGGAAAGUAUGACAGUGGCAUCCCGCCCUACUCCAGAGCCUCCCUGAAGGGCUACCAGUGGCUGAAGGACAAGAUCCUGAGCGAGGAAGGUCGGCGCCAGCAAGCCAAGCUGAAGGAACUACAGGCCAUCGCCGAGCGCCUGGGCUGCACCCUCCCCCAGCUGGCCAUAGCCUGGUGCCUGAGGAAUGAGGGCGUCAGCUCCGUGCUCCUGGGUGCUUCCAACGCAGAGCAGCUUAUGGAGAAUAUCGGAGCAAUACAGGUUCUUCCAAAAUUGUCAUCUUCCGUCAUCCACGAGAUCGAUAGCAUUCUGGGCAAUAAACCCUACAGCAAAAAAGACUACAGAUCCUAAGUUGCCCCCGCCGUCUGCUCGGACAGUUUCCGGUCCCCUCCUCAUCUCUGUUUGCUCGCUUAUGCUGUUUCAAAGCCAAGUGCAGAGUGUGGUUCACAUCCAAGGGGAAAAUACUAUGUCCAGAAGUUACCGGGAAAUGAUAUCCAAAGUCACCGCCAGAUGCCACCCGCUGCUUUGCUGGAUACUGUCAGAUUGGUGCCAGGAAAUGGCAUCAAUCAGGAAGGACAUUCAAAGGAUCCCACACAAGCCUCCACCUCUGCUCAUCCUCUGAGAAGAAACAUUUGCCCCCAGCCUCAGCCCUUCAGGGAGAGUCCAGAAGUCAAGGCUGGGCCAGGACCUGGUCGGGUCCUGGGGGCAGGCAGGGCUGGGCCCUCUGCCGAAAAUCCACCCCCCUCAAAUGGGGUGUUACUUCCUGGUGCCUCUUCUGCGAGAGUCCUGGCAGUUAGGGCAGGACCGUCCCUCUUUCCAGGAAUUUCAGGUACUUUGUCCAAGGCUGGCCUGGGAUCCUCCUCUUCUAGGCCUUCACCUGCCCAACAUGCUUACUGGGCCUUGGCUGGGGCCACAGCUGCCUAGCUGCCCUUGAUCCCCACCUCAACCCUUGCUGGCAGGAGCAGAGAGCCCCAGAUCGACUGUGAUUUGGAAUCCCCAGAAAGGUUAGGGCUCUGAUUUCCAGUGGGUUGUCUCAGCAGCUUCAACCCUGCACACAAUUGCUGAGCCCCACACCAGAAAAGUCCAAGAGGCUUAGGGAGAGCCCAUGGGAGCAGGUUUCUCUGCAGUCAAGUGCUAUAGACAGCUGUGGCUGCUGGUCACACCACAGGCAGGGGACAAUUGGCUGGACCCAUAUGCACAGGACUGUACUCCUCAGAGACCCUCCUCUAACACCUCUGUUGUGCUGGGGUAUGGGCGUGGGUUCUGCACAGAGAACACACUUCCAUCCUUCCAGUGAGGGAAGGUCCCUAGGAUUUCCAUGCUGUAGGCUCAGGGACUAGGGGAAGAGAACCCCAGUUAACAGACCCCCACAUUGUAAGGAAAGCCAGGACCCCAGGGACCCUCUCUUGGAGAACUAGUUAUUCCCUUCGCCAUAUUUCCACCCUGGCCUAGGAUGAGCUGAGGGGCAGGCGGAAGGACGGGCAGUGCCAGAGGGAGCUGGGGGACAGUGGUUACAGAAAGCCUGCAGGUUUGGGCAGAGCACGCUGCCUGGAAGCCCAAUCCCGUAGUCCUGUGAGGUUUUCCUGGCCAUGUGGGGACAGGGCUCUACCCACCUAUGCCAGUUGGUUCUAGGGGAUGUGGGCCUCCUGCCUUGGACCAGCAGUGGCCAGCCCCCCGGAGAUAUAACACCUGUUCCUGCUUUGCCCUCUACAACUGCUGUCAAGAAAUCUCCUCCCUGCCCCUCUCCAGCAUCCACUGUCCAGUCAAAGCUGGUGGGGACCUGGAAAACCAGCUAAGGGAAGCCACAGGGACGGGGGGGGAUCACAGGAAGGAAGGCGAGCAAGGCGGACAGCUUCCUCCAUCCCCCACAACCCUCCUACCCACCCUAGGCUCUAGAACCUUCACCACUGUUCCAGGCCCUGAAAAGCAGUUCUGUGGGUGUGGAGAUGGGGCACUAUGCCUCCCAGUGGAGGCCACUGGACCCUGGCACCUCCGUCCAUGCCUAGCUAGAGGAGCCUGCUCACAGGACAGGGCCCUGUGGUGGUCCAGCAGAACUGAAGAGUUAGGCCACCUAUCCACCUCUCUGGUAGCUGCCUGUCACCUAGCUGCCCUGGUCCUGCUCCCUGGAAGGUAGACCAGGGUAUACAGGAGGACCCCAGGUAGGAGCUGCUACUGCCUGUGAGACACACCUAAGAAAGCUGAGGCCCUGCUGGGUGUGUGUGUGUGUGAGAGAGAGACAGAGAGACAGAGAGACAGGAAGGCAGGCCCCAGGAUGAACUAGGCUAAGGCUCACAUGAGCCCUGGACACAGGCAGCAUCCCAGAUAACACUUAACGCUGGGGUCUGGAGGCGCCGUCCCUUCUACACCUGCCUGUGGAGGUUCUGCUUCAUGGGGGAAGGCCCACCCCCCAUGGAAGGGUUUGGAGUAGGAGGGCUUCAGAGACCACUGCAGAAGGGAAGACCACCAAGUAGAGACAAGAAAGAGGGAAGUCACCCCUGGCUCGUGAGGAAUCAGGCCAGCUGCUUUCCUCCCUGGGCCGUAGGUCCUUCACCUUCCUUGAGCCCCAAUUGCCUGCUGGCCAGCCCAAACCAGCCUCUAGCACCUCCUCACCUCCUUGAAGCACAGUUUGUCCGGCCUAGGGCUCCCACUAGGAGGUUUGAUACAGGAAGGAUGCUUGAGGGAUCUGGCAUGUGGACGCCUGCUACUGCUCAUCCCAGACCCAAGGUCUUGAGGCCCAGCAGGGCCCCCGUGCCCUGCCCUUGUUCAGUCAUGUACAUAAUGUGCUCUCUCCCCUUUUCUAAUGAGCGCGGCUCCUCGCUAACUGCAUCCCACCAGGCUGACCGCAAGCGCCUCGAGCUUCCUGACAGACUCAGACCGAGGCACAGCCCGUAUUUAUGGAAUGACUAAUAAAACCAGAGCCCAUCGGU